AUGGAGAGUAAUAACUGGUUAGAACCACCGGUAUGGGGUAGUAGCUCUGAGGAAGGGACGGUAGACGGUUUGAGUAGGACUUUUGAGACACUUGGUCGUGAUAUCUUAAAUAACGAGGAUCAGGAGGAUCCGCUCGAGCACAAUGCUUGGGGGAGUGCUACCACGCCAAAUAUCCAGGCGGAAUUGACUAAGGGGCUGCGUGUGGGGGUUGCAGAUACUGGGGGGGAUAGAGAUGAUGAUUUGCGACCCCCGGUGGAGGGGGAGAUUCUGCAUUCGCAGCAGUUGCUUUCGUCGCUUGCACCAGAGAAGGAUCCCUUGCAGGGGUUGGUGGCAGCGAAUUCGGUGAGGUCUCCUACUAAGGGUGAUCCGUUAUUUAUGGGGUUUGGUAACUCGCCAAUUGCUGUUGAGGAAUUUGACUCAAAAAAUUCAGCUAAUGCUUUAAGGGGAACCACGACGCCUACAAAAAAGCAUGGUAAAGUGCAGAGGUUAUUUAGCACUAAAAUGUUACGUCGGACGCCACUAACUGAGGAACAGGAGAAUGAUCUGAUCGUGGAUCCAUUGGGAGACCUGUCGCAGCAGUCAGCAGAGCAAGAGUUUGUUGACGAACCGCUAGAGGAAUCGGUGUUUGAUUCGAAGUUGAACCUAUUGCAACAAAUGGAGGCUCCGUUAUUCGAAGCUUCACAAAGUAAACCAAGGUUAACACAGCAGUUGCAGCUCGUGGCUGAUCCUCCAAGGCAGCUUCACCGGAAGCUGCAAUCGCUAUCGCAACAGAAGGACCAGCAGGAAGCAUCUAGUAAUGUAUUUGAGAUCGAGGUUGUAGAUCCAAUUAAAGUGGCUGAUCUUACGUUCUCUCAUGUUGAAUAUACGGUCCAUACGAAGUCCAGUUCUCUAGAGCCUAGCGAGGUCACUGUCAAGAGACGCUACAGAGACUUUAGGUGGUUAUACCGUCAGUUACAGAGUAAUCAUUGGGGCAGAAUUAUCCCCCCACCUCCUGAUAAGCAAACUGUUGGUAGGUUCAAACAGGACUUUAUCGAAAAUAGGCGAUUUCAAAUGGAGCGAAUGCUAAAAAAAAUUGGGCAGAAUACCAUUUUCCAAAAAGAUGAAGAUUUCAUAAUGUUUUUAACUAGCUCAAAUUUCUCUCAAGAUUCUAAGGUCAGGGAACACCUUACAGGUUCAAGAGCGGUUAAUGACAGUAGUGAUCUCUCGGAGAUUCACAUAAGCGAACUUAAAUUAUUGGGGCCGGAGGACGCAGAGACUGUUAUCAAGAAUGGCGGUUUGGAUAGUGAUUCCAAUUCAACUUUUAUGCGCAUCUCAUUCAGUUCACCACCUAGAUACACUGAACCAGAUUCUUAUUUCGUGGAGAGAAGACAACAAGCCGAUAUAUUGGAAGAACAAUUAAAACAGAUGUACAAAUCUUUAGAACUGGUUGACUCCCAAAAGAAUGAACUGGUGUCUGUAAUCAAGGAGUUUGCUGCAACUCUCAAAGCUCUCGUAGAUUUGGAAGCCUCAAAGAAAAUCUCAGAUUUAUUAUCUAAUUUUUCAGAAGUACAUCGGAGAAUUAUGGAAUCAGUACAGAGAACCUCUUUACAGGAUUCCCUGACACUAGGUAUCACAAUUGAUGAGUACCUGAGAUCAUUAGGAAGUAUUAAGGCGAUAUUUAACCAACGUUCAAAACUAGGAUACUAUCUUGUUCUUGUCGAGUCUGACAGGGUUAAGAAGCAAGCCCAGUUGCAGAAACUCACCAAUAAUAUGAAGAGUCCACCUGAUAAAAUUGAGGCCACAAAACAGGAAUUGUUUGCUUUGCAAAGGAGACAACAGGUGAUAAAAGAACACUGGGACCAAAUUGCCGAAGUUAUGAGAGAUGAAUUGACAAACUAUUAUGACGCUAAGAUUGCAGAUUUUAGAAAUAAUAUGGAAAUAUAUUUGGAAUCUGCAAUUGAAACACAAAAGGAAUGCAUUGAACUCUGGGAAACAUUCUAUCAAAAUAAUUUGUAG